CGCACAUGCGCACACGUGCACACGCCAUUUUGUUUUGUUGGCCGUUGAAGGGUCGGUGCCGGCGGACAGCGGCCUGUGGGUUCUCAGAAUGGCUGCGACCCGGUAUCGCCGCUUCCUGAAACUCUGCGAGGAGUGGCCUCUGGAUCAGACCAAGAAAGGCCGAGACCUCGGGGCUUUCAUCCGCCAGAGAGUGGCGCAAGGUUUCCGAGAAGGGGAAAGCUCCCAGAUUGCAGAUCCAGAGAAAUGUGAUCAGAUGUAUGAAAGUUUAGCCAGGAUUCAUUCUGCUUAUUACAAAAACAAGUACCCUCGUCUCAGAAACACAAGUUUCACUGGUGUAACUGUGGAAGAAUGCCGACUGGUCCUUGCAACAGAUAACAUGAAACAGUUGGAAGAAAUGAAGAAAGGUCUGUGGAAAAAGAUACGAGAGAAGUUUACACGCAAGCCAGAAGAUGCCACCAAAGAAUAUGCCUAACAGUUUACCUUGUUAGGAUUACUGCUUCAUUUUAUUUACUGCAAUUUCUAAAUAAUAAAGAUCUAGUUUCUAGGUAGAUGUUUUAUAAUUGUGUAGAUGUUUGUGGAAAUAAAAUGUUACAUAAAUAAAGACCUGUUAAAAAAUA